AUGAAGGGAAAUGAAUUCCCUUACAUAAUAAAGCUGUUCCUGUCUGGUAGACCUGUCGGUGUGUCCCCUCAUGCACAGCAGCCUGGGCAGCCUCUGCAGGAACAGGCUCUUUACCCAGGGGGCCAUGGGGUGGUAGGUGGCCGAGGAGCGGUGGUGGACGUUGAUGACAAAGACGGUGACGAUGAUGGAGAAGGUGACGAAGAUCAUGAUGAAGAGCAGGUGAUCCCUCUAAUUGGAGAGUACCUGCUCUUCAUCAUGAUCUUCGUCACCUUCUCCAUCAUCGUCACCGUCUUUGUCAUCAACGUCCACCACCGCUCCUCGGCCACCUACCACCCCAUGGCCCCCUGGGUAAAGAGCCUGUUCCUGCAGAGGCUGCCCAGGCUGCUGUGCAUGAGGGGACACACCGACAGGUCUGUGGCCCAGAAGCCCUCAAAAUUAAGCUUUUUUGAACACAGUGAGCGACACGAGAACCGAGGUGGAGAGGGAGAGUUUCUCCCCUUCAUCCGAGGGCAAAUAAAACACCAGCACGGUGAGGAAGGACAGGCCGAGGCACGGGAUGAUCAGGAAGAGGGUGUAGAACAGGGGAAGCCUCUUCAGGAUGAAGGAAUAGGUGACGAAGGGGUACCAGUAGACCCCGUCCCUCCGGCUCCCCUUCACUCCGGUGGCGUUCAGGAUCUCCCACUCGCCGUUGUCGAAGAAGUCUUUUCGGUCCACGUAGUGGUCCACCAGCACCAGGUCCACCAUGUUCCCGUCGUAGGUCCAGGAGCCGAACUUCAUGGAGCAGUUCUGCCGGUCGAAGGGGAAAAAGGUGACGUCCAUGGUGCAGGAGGACUUGUAGCUGGCCGGCGGGGUCCAGGUGAUGGUGCCGUCCCACCGCACGAUGGCUUUGGUCAUCAGGGAGCCUUCAAAUCGACCGUCAGCACUGGAGGAAAAGAAAAGAAAACAGAAAACGAGGAGUUUAGCAAACAAUUGGGUUACUCAGAAGCAUAA